CGCGGGCGGACGGGCGAGCAAGCAAGAAAGAGAUAGCCCCCCCCCCGGCUUUUUUUUGGAUGAGAACAGCGCAAACCUCCCAUCACACACGGACGAGUGAGGGAGGGAGGGAACGAGCGCACGGACACGCGGAGUAGCGGGCGUGACUUAACAACAACGCCGCUGACGCAGAGAGAGAGUCAGCAGCGGCGGGGCUGUAGCGAGGCAGGGAAACCACGGCGAAGCGAGCGAGCGAUCGCCAGGGUGUAUAUAUGGGAGGCGUAGGAGACGUACGAGUGUAGAGAGCGAGAGAGAGCGAGAAAAACCCACAACCAACCAACCACCCUCCCACCCCCAUAGCAUGCGCAUGCGUCCUUGCCAGAUGCCAUAUUGGAAUGAGACUUGGGGAGCUGUGGACAACACGUCGUUGUGAAAGUAGUGUGCGGAUAAGCGCUCUGCGCCUCGGGGAGGGAGGCGCUUCCCUUCCACGCGUUGUCGGCGGUGGUGGCGGCGGCGGCCGUGGGAGAGCACACGAAGGAGACGGGGAGGCGAAGAACGCCGCGAGGCCCUGCAGGGCACCUGGGAGGUCACGAAGCAGCUGGCCGGUGCGCCCCGCCGCACACCAUGGAUGGCUGGGAAACCACGAAGCCCACGCUGCCCGGAGAGAUGUUGGUCUCCGCUGAGACGAACGGAGAACUUGUGGGCUCUGAUGAGGUGUGCAGUGCCGAGGAGGUCGAGUUUAACUGGGACGAAUACCUGGAAGAGUGCGGCGCAACACCUGUCCCUCACACGGCCUUCAAGCACGUGGAGCGGAGCCUGCAGAGCGGCUUCGCCGCCGGGAUGAAGUUCGAGGUGAGGAACCGCGGGGGGACGGGCACCUACUGGGUGGCCGAGGUGGUGACCACGUGCGGGCAGCUGCUGCUGCUGCGCUACGCCGGCUACUGCGCCGACCGGAGCGCCGACUUCUGGUGCGACGUGCGCACCGCCGACCUGCAUCCCGUCGGGUGGUGUGCACUCACCGGCAACGAGCUGCAGCCGCCCGAGGCCAUCAAGGAGAAGUACAAAGACUGGGGUGCAUUCCUCAUCAAGACGCUGACGGGUGCGAGGACGGCUCCAUCCAGCCUCCUGGAAGGGCCGAACCGAGGGAAGCCGCCGAUGGAGCUGAUCGUCCCGGGCUCCGUGCUGGAGCUAUUCGACGACCGGGGGGACUCGUGCCCCCACCAGCACCCCCACCUGGCGCGCCCCCACCCGCAGAGCCCUCCCCAACCGCCACGCUGCUGGCCAGUCCUGGUCACGCACAACGUGGGGGGGCGGCUGAGGCUGCGCUACUGCGGCCUGGGCGAGCUGCACGGCGGAAAGUACGACCGGUGGCUAUUCUACCUGCACCCGCGCCUGCACCCCCUGGGCUGGGCACAGCGCAGCCAGUGCGUGCUGGAGCCUCCCGCAGCCAUCAAGACGAUGAAGUCUGAGCAGGAGUGGAAGUCCGUCCUUUGCUCUGUGUACGAGAAGAAAGAGCCGCUCCUGUCACCAGAGAUCUUUAAAGAGCGUGCCGAGGUGCGGAGCCACCGUCUCGUGCCGGGCAUGAAGCUGGAGGCCGUGCACCCCGCCAGCCCUUUCUGCAUCUCCCCAGCCACGGUCGCCACGGUGCUGAGCGAUAAGUACUUCGUGGUGGUGGUGGACGAGCCGCGGGCGAGCAGAGCCGCGGGGCUCGACGCGAUCGCCUGCCUCGGCGCGUCCGGCGGCGGGGGCGGCGGCACCGUGGCGGUGCGGCGACACGGAUCGGCCGGAGGGCUCGAGGCCGCGGGGGCGCCGUUCGUGUGCCACGCCGACAGCCCCAGCAUCCUGCCCGUGCAGUGGAGCCUCAAGAACGGCGCCACCCUCGAGCCUCCGCAAGGCUUCAGCAGCCACGACUUUGACUGGGCUGAGUACCUGAAGGUCUGCGGUGCCGAGCCAGCGCCACUCCACCGCUUCCCUGCCGAGCACGAGUUCCAGGAAGGCAUGAGGCUGGAGGCGGCCAAUCCUCUGCAGCCGUCUGAGAUCUGCGUGGCUUCCGUGGUGCGCGUGCGCGGGAGGCUUGUCUGGCUGCGUUUGGAAGGUCUGAAGAAUCCUCUACCAGACUGCAUUGUGGACGUGGAGUCUAUGGACAUCUUCCCGGUGGGCUGGUGUGAAACCAACGGCUACCCCCUGUGCUUGCCCACCAAGGCCAUCUUCCCAGCUCAGAAAAAGAUUGCCGUCGUACAGCCGGAGAAACAGUUACCCAUUAGCGUGGCUACGGAAGACGAGCCAAAGGCCCAAGACCUGACGGUUCACGCGUCAGACACGGGCACCGGGAUUGGCAAGUACUGCUGCCCUCGGAUUUUCUUCAACCACCGCUGCUUCUCGGGCCGCUACCUGAACAAGGGCCGCAUCGCUGAGCUUCCGCAGUCCGUGGGUCCUGGCAACUGCGUAGCCGUGCUACGGGAGGCGCUGUCCCUGCUGAUCAACGCUGCCUACAAGCCGAGCCGCAUGCUGCGCGAGGUGCAGCACAACGGAGAGGGGCGCUGGGGCGGACACAAGGAGACGCUCAAAGCCAAGUACAAGGGCAAGAGCUACCGCGCCACCGUGGAGCUGGUGCACUCGGCGGAGAAGGUGGCGGAGUUCUGCCGCUGGGUGUGCGUCCGCCUCGAGUGCUGCCCCGUGCUCUUCGGCCCCACCGCCGUGUCGGACGUCUGCCCCGAGCGGUGCUCCAACCUCACCAAGACCCGAUACACGCACUAUUAUGGCAAGAAGAAGGGCAAGCAUGCGGCGGCAGCGCCGCUGUGCGCGGAGGAGGAGACGGGGGCGCCCGGGAAGACCCGGGAGACGCGCGGACGGCGCAGGGGAACGCGGAAGGCACGGACAUCCAUAGACAGCACCCCCGCCGGGUCCCCACAGAACAGCGUCGACUUGGACGACGACGUCGAUGAAGAGGAGGAAGAGGACGAUGACGACGACACGAUAGAGACGGCGAGCAGCGAGACGUCGAGCCUGGCGGCGCGACCCCGCACGCCCGACGACCCACCCCGGCGGGUGCCGCCCCUGCGCAUCAACACGCGGCCCCAGAUCCCCACGCUCGUUGCGCCGCCCCCGCUCCAGCGCUUGCUCCGGAAACGGAAGGGCUCGCGUAGCGGCUCCGGGUCCGGCUCCGGCUCCGGCUCCGGUCCCGGCUCCGGUAACGGCUCCGGCCCCGCCGAGGCAGCGGCAGCCGCCACCACUUCGCCGCUGGACGAGAACGAAGAGGAGCACGGCAAGCGCGGGAAGCGGUCGGCCCUCGACAAGGAGGAGGAGGAGGCGGCAUCACGAGCGGCGGCGGGGAAGAGAUCGGAAGCCGGCUUCCGGCUGGAGAGCAACCCCCUGAAGUGGAGCGUGGCGGACGUCGUGAGGUUCAUCCGCUCCACUGACUGCGCGCCGCUCGCCAAGGUCUUCCACGAGCAGGAGAUCGACGGCCAAGCGCUGCUACUGCUGACCCUCCCCACCGUGCAGGAGUGCAUGGACCUCAAGCUGGGCCCUGCCAUCAAGCUCUGCCACCACGUGGAGCAGGUGAAAGCGGCCUUCUACCACACGUACGCCAACUGAGCCCGCCCCGGGCCGGCACGUGGCACGUGGCACGUGGCACGUGGCACGGCGCAUCGUUGCGGUGGAGCCAAAGUCACGACAAGCCGGAUUACCGACGCGCAGGAGAACGUUGCCGUGGAUUAAUUUGCAGGGCGAAGACAGAAGCUCUCAUUCGGGAGAGCGCGUGGAUUCAAAGCGUUGCGCCGAUUACGACGUGGAGGUGGAGGACUGGAUGCGUUCGGUUUGAUACGUGCGCCCAACCGGGACGCUCGCGGAGGACUUGCUCACUUGGCCGACGUGAAAUUCGACAAUCGAGAAGCGUUGGGUGGAAACACGCGGAUUCGGCGAACGGCCCCGGUGGAGGGCGCUCAUGCGUGUGGAAAUGGACGUGGAAGUGAACGCGGCUCGGGAAUCCAAGCGGAUGAGCGGCCUGCGUGGAAGAUGCCUGGGAAGGAGGACCAUGUGGAUGAGUGUAAUGUGGGAAGUGACCGGCGGGCGGGGAACAAUACUUGGAUUAGGCGACCGAGCGGAGCGGCGAGCGAGCGUGGAAGAGACACGGAGUCGGCGCUUGCCGUUUCACGUCACAGGUGACAGAUUGUGCCCUCGAGAGAGAGACUCUGCGGAUUUAUAUUCGCCGCGAAAAGAUAACAUUUAUUUACAAGAAAGGCCCGCCUGAUGUUUAUGUCGAGACUCAUUUAGCAACAUCUUUUUAUUUUAUGGCUUGGAGUUGUGUGGUUUUUUUUAUAAUGAAGUUUUAUUUGCGGUCGGUAAUUUAUAUUUUUUUGAGCUGUCGUUGGAAAAUGGCAAUUUGAUCGGUUAAAUUCAAGAUUCAACCACGUGGAAUGUAUUUCCCAAGCUUUAGCGCAUAUUCGAGAAACGCACGUGCACAUUGCUCUGUCUCUCAUUGUCUAUUUCCCCCCCCCGCCCUCCCUGAAAACUCCCUCUUGAUCGGAGGCAGGCCACGCGUAACACAAUGCACAUGCCUCUUGUGUGUUGCAUAUCCGUCGAUGAAUGUUCUGUUCAGGCGUUAGCCCUGGGAAUGUGUACUGCCCGCACGGUCGUCGCCAGGAGGAGAGUCGUUUUACAUCGGGUCAGAUCUUCUGCCGAUAUUCCCCGAAGCUCACGGUCAAAAGUUUUUAAUUGAGCAAUUUGCAUUCGGCCGGUGGACAAGCGAUUUUUAUAAUUCUAUGAAUUUUUUUUUAGCGUCAAAAAGUUUAUUUUAAAGUCGUAAAUUAAUUUGCUGGGUGUUGAGGCCAACGCCCCGUCUCGUGGAUCUUUUAACCAAAGUAUUGUCUUUUUAUGUGGGGCAUAUAUAUGCCUGUGAUGGAACUGAAGUGUGUGUGUGUGCACGUGUGCACGUUUAUAUGAAUGUACGUUGUCUUAAACCCUGUUGUAAUAAACCUACAUGUAAUCCCCCCUCCCCCUCCCUCCCAGUACUGUAUAUGUGUACACAAUCAGCAAUGUACUCUUCCUGAUAUAACACCGAAUGUUGUGGCGCUCUGACAUGUUUUCGCGUCACGCCCUACUGCGUGUCGUUUGGGGCGAUGUCCGACGUUUCGCCACACUUGCUGGGAGCUUCUCGGCGAGCCGAAUUUGGUUCCUCGUGUGGCGUGUGGUGUGAAACGUCGGACAAUGUGGGGCAAACCCCGUAAACGCUUCGGAGAGCUAUUACGGCACAACCGCGAACAACGACACGGUCGUGCUGAACGUUAUGACCAGAAGUGGAUGCGAUUCGUAAUUGGUUUUUUUCGGGGUUAGGUCGUGUGUCAAAAUGUGUGUUGUUAUACCCUCUACCACGUGACACAAGAUGGCCAAGCAAUAAAAGUGUCACUUGAAUCGGACGUGCUUGGAUCUCGAGUGAACAACCCGAUGAUGCUGGUUGUUACUCUCAAAAACAACAACAGCCGCUUCGACAACCACCGCUGGUGGUGGUGAUGAUGACGCGGUAUUACACGUGGCUGUGUUUGAUUCACGCGACACUUAUGAUUGCUUGCGUCGGGUGGAGGAGAGCAUACGACACACUCUACCCCCCGACGACCCAACCCAAAAGAAACCAAUCAUGAAUCAUGAUGUUUGGUUGUGAAAGCCUACGUAAGAAAUUAACAAGUUGAUGUGUUUGCACUAUCGUAACUGUAUCCUCUCUCAUCACUCUGCUUAAGGACCCCCCCUCCACCAACCCCUCCCCCCCCAAAAAAAAUAUAUUGAAAAGCUCUUGUAGUUUUAAACGUGGGCACUCUCCAACACACGUUUUAAGCUUUGCCAACAAAAAAAAUAUAUACUUUAAAUUUACAAAUCGCUGAACCACUGUGGACUUUCUGAAAAAAAAAUGCCAGUGAUGGUCAAACAAAAAAAACCCACCUGGGCUAAUAUUUUUAAUCCAACGCUUUGUUUAUUUGCAAAAGUUCACGCACACUUUCGACCGUGGCCAUUAUGGACUUAGUGUAGAUAUGUGAAGGGUUGUUAUCAAAUUAUCCAGCGUGUAGCAGCAUUAGUCAUUUGACCACCAUUUGUUUCCCUUUAAAUACGGAGCCUCCUCAUACAAAGGGCAUGUGCUAAUGGUAUUCCUGUCCCGCAAGUUGCAUUCGUGAUGGAGUUCCCUGCUGCACGUGUGUGGACAUUGCACAUGGCGAUCGUCGUUAUUAUUGAGUAUUUGUCCGGACCAUGCUGGCACAGCUUCCCACGCGGUAAUGAGUUGCUGACCUUCCAUUUAAGCAAGCCUCUCUCUCUCUCUCUCUGAUUUAUUACAGGUCAUUCUUAUUACUGUACAUUCGCACCAGAGGUAAAGCAAAAAAUGUGGUUUUGAAUGGAAUGGACAUGUACCAGAAGAAAAAAAGAAA